GCCGAUCAGAUCAGAUCAGGUUGUAUAGCGACGCACUUACUCAUACAUUCAAUAUGUCAACGCCACGAUAUGCUUUAAUCACGGGCUGCGGUGCCGGUGGUAUUGGCCAUGCCCUCGCCGUCCAGUUCCAAGAAGAAGGGUACACCGUCUUUGCGACGUUGCUCCCCCACGAAGGUCGUCAACAUUUAACCGACCGGGGGAUCUAUGUCUUCGAUGCCAAUGUCACCAGUGAUAAGGAUACGGAGGUGCUCCGUGAAAAGGUGGAAUAUAUCUCCGGGGGGAGGUUGGAUGUGUUGGUGAAUAAUGCGGGCAUAUGUUAUACCAUGCCGGCGACCGAUACCGAAGUGCGUGAAGUGGAAAAGAUGUUCGCGGUGAAUGUGUUUGGGCCGGUGCGCAUGGUGCAUUACUUCCAUCGUCUGCUGGUGAAGGCGCAGGGGACGGUGGUGAAUAUUGGGUCGAUUGGGGGGAUUGUACCCUACAUUUACGGGGCAACCUACAACGCCAGCAAAGCCGCGCUGCAUCAUUACGGGAACACCCUCCGUGCAGAAUUGAAGCCAUUUGGCGUCCGAGUCAUCAACGUCAUCUCCGGUGAAAUCGGCACCAACAUCCUCCGCCACGAUGCGAACCGGUCUCUCCCUGCAGACUCAUUAUACCUCUCCCUCGCCACUGAAUUCCGAAACCACGUCCAACGGAAACCCAAAACAAUCACCCCCGCCAAAUACGCCGCUGCAGUAGUCCGCGAAGUACAAAAGUCCCGUCCCGCGGCUUGGUUCUGGUACGGGGCGCGAACGGGCAUGUGUCGAUGGGGGGAUAUGUUUUUGCCGCGGACGUAUUGGGAUGGAUUGUUUGCCAAGUGGUUCCAGUUUCAUAAAUUGGAGCGGGGGGUGGGGGGGAAGAUGGUGUGGUAGAUUCCGUGGUGCAUGGGCAGUGCCGGACAGGGGCAGGGAUGCCGGGAGAGGAAAGUAAUCGAUCCCUACGGUGGAGGCUGGGGCAAUUCCAAUGGGCAUGGAUUCGCCUUGUUGGUUGGGGGCAAGCCCCGCCAAGCGACGGGAUGCGAGCUAAACCGGGCCGAGGUGGGAUGGAUAGAUGCAUGACUGCGAUGAGAUUUGUAUGAUACACACGGC